CCGCUCAACGCGUCGGGCGCCCACCGCAGCGCCCUCGGGGAGUUGGGCGAGGCGCCCCGGUACCGGCAGUUCACCACCACCGUCCAGGUCGUCAUCUUCAUCGGCUCGCUGCUCGGAAACUUCAUGGUGUUAUGGUCAACUUGCCGCACAACCGUGUUCAAAUCUGUCACCAACAGGUUCAUUAAAAACCUGGCCUGCUCGGGCAUUUGUGCCAACCUGGCGUGCGUGCCCUUUGACAUCAUCCUCAGCAGCAGCCCGCACUGUUGCUGGUGGGUCUACACUCUGGUCUUCUGCAAGGUUGUCAAGUUUCUGCACAAAGUCUUCUGUUCUGUGACUAUCCUCAGCUUCCCUGCCAUUGCUUUGGACAGGUACUACUCAGUCCUCUAUCCACUGGAGAGAAAAAUAUCUGAUGCCAAGUCUCGGGAACUGGUGAUGUACAUUUGGGCCCACGCAGUGGUGGCCAGCAUCCCUGUGUUUGCGGUGACCAAUGUGGCCGACAUCUAUGCCAUGUCUACCUGCACGGAUGUCUGGAGCUACUCCUGGGGCCACCUGGUCUAUGUCCUGCUCUAUAACAUCACCACGGUCAUUGUGCCUGUGGUAGUAGUGUUCCUCUUCUUGAUCCUGAUCCGCCGGGCCCUGAGCGCCAGCCAGAAGAAGAAGGUCAUUAUCGCCGCACUCCGAACCCCACAGAACACCAUCUCCAUCCCCUAUGCCUCCCAGCGGGAGGCCGAGCUGCAUGCCACCCUGCUCUCCAUGGUGAUGGUCUUCAUCCUCUGCAGUGUGCCCUACGUCACCCUGGUCAUCUACCAGACUGUGCUCCACGUUCCCAACACUUCUGUGUUCUUGCUGCUCACUGCCAUUUGGUUGCCCAAGGUCUCUCUGCUGGCGAACCCCGUGCUCUUUCUGACUGUCAACAAAUCCGUCCGCAAGUGCUUGGUGGGGACCCUGGUGCAGCUGCACCAGCGGUACAGUCGCCGUAACGUGGUCAGCACGGGGAGUGGGGUGGCCGAUGCCAGCCUGGAGACCAGCAUGCGCUCAGGCAGCCAGCUCCUGGAGAUGUUCCACAUCGGGCAGCAGCAGAUUUUUAAGCCCAGGGAGGAUGAAGAGGAGAGUGAAGCCAAAUACAAUGUAGGCUCAGCUGACCUCCAGGCCAAGGAGAUACUUCCCACCUGCCCGGAGGCCCAGCAGGGCGCACAGCUCACCCCUCCUUCACCACCGCCGGGCACAGUGGACUCUACCUCCCAGGUGGCACCAGCAGCCCCCGGGGAAUCUGACACUGCCCCCGACAAGUACACCCUACAGUUUGGCUUUGGGCCUUUCGAGUUACCUCCGCAGUGGCUCUCGGAGACGCGGAACAGCAAGAAGCGGCUGCUUCCACCCUUGGGUAACACCCCAGAGGAGUUGAUCCAAACCAAGAUGCCCAAGGCAGGCAGGGUGGAACGGAAGAUGAGCAGAAACAAUAAAGUGAGCAUUUUUCCAAAGGUGGAUUCCUAGCGAGGACUGUACCUUUGUGGGAACCACAGGGAGCUCCCGUGCCCUGUGCUCCCUUCGUUCCGGCUCCCAGAUGUGUGUGUUAGAGUUGCAGCCAAGUACAGGUGGAUGCGUUUUACGUGGGCCACAUGCUUUUGCUUGAAAGGAAAAUAUAAGUAAAAUCAAAUUUCCUCUUUAUUGAGGUUUAUAAGUAUACAAGGGGACUUCAAAAAAGUCUGUGGACAAAUUCCAUUAUCUUUCAAUUCCAUUCCCCCUAUGGACUUUUUGAAGCCCCCUCUAUCUGUCAGUGAUCCGUGUCCUUCAUGAAGUUCCUAUUCCUCCAGUGGAGCCAAAGCGGAGCAGUUUGGAACAGGUCGCAUUUCCCCAGGACUCCUCAGCUUCCUGGGUCCAGUGGAGCACAUGGAAGGAAGAGACUCUGGGAGCUCAGGGGGAGCAGGGACACUAUGGGAGUCCCCAGGAAACUGUGGAGUGGUGUGGACGCAAAGACAAUAUGACAAUGCCCUUUACAAGGUGGUCCAAUUAUAGGGCUGGCCGUUCCUCGCGAUGCCCUCCAUCCCUCCCACUGGGAUUAGAGUAAGGGGUGACAGACAACACAAUGAGUGUGCCCAGAAAGGAAAGGGAGAGCUCUUGCUCUCAAUUAGCUGACGUUCUCCAAGCAUCACCAAGGCACGCCUGCCCACCUGCUGCCCUACCUCUAGCCAUGGCUUCGGUGGGAAACUGCACAUGCUCUUCUUUCCCUCUCAGUUUUGCUUCCUCCACAAAGGAGAGAGAGAAGCAAAGAGGUGGAGAAGGCCUGAGAAAUGCCACCAUGCCGCCGUCUUUCCUUGUCCCACAUGAAGGGGUGCUAUGAGAAAAUCAGUGGAGAUUAUUGAAAAACCCUUCUCUCUUUUUUUAAAUUAAAAGAUCAUUUUACUGGGGGCUCUUACAACUCUUAUUACAAUCUAUACAUCAG